CUGCCAACCUCAAACAACUCUCUCCUCCUUUAAUCUUCCUAUAUAAACACCCCUUCUUCUUCCUCACUUCCUCAGUUUUCACUUAAGCAAAGGCCUUCCCUGUUACCUCAUUGGACAUUACACAUGGGGUCCUUCAACAACUCUCAUUGCUGUAUCUUCUUCUUCUUUUCAUUUGGCCUUCUGCUUCUGCUUGCUUCCUUUGCUAAUGCCAAAGUUCACUACCAUGAUUUUGUUAUUCAAGCAACACCAGUGAAGAGGCUGUGCAAUACUCAUAGUACUAUUACUGUUAAUGGCAUGUACCCUGGCCCAACCUUGGAGGUGAACGAUGGUGACACUCUUGUUGUCAAAGUUACCAACAAAGCCAUAUAUAAUGCCACCAUUCACUGGCAUGGAAUUCGGCAAAUCAGAACCGCUUGGGCAGACGGCCCAGAGAUGGUGACUCAGUGUCCAAUUAGACCUGGAAUGAGUUACACUUACAGAUUCACCAUCCAGGGUCAAGUAGGCACAUUGUGGUGGCAUGCUCAUAGCUCUUGGCUUAGAGCCACAGUUUAUGGAGCUCUAAUUAUUCAUCCUAAAGAAGGUUCUUCCUAUCCAUUCCCCAAGCCAACUCGCGAAACUGCAAUUCUUCUCGGGGAAUGGUGGAAUGCCAAUCCUAUGGAUGUUGUGAGACAGGCUACUUUAACUGGAGCAACUCCGAACAUAUCCGAUGCUUACACCAUUAAUGGCCAACCUGGAGAUCUCUACAGCUGCUCCAGCCAAGAUACUGUGGUUGUUCCAAUUGACUCUGGUGAGACCAAUCUCUUAAGAGUCAUCAAUUCUGCCUUAAACCAGCAACUUUUCUUCGCAAUUGCCAACCACCAGUUCACAGUUGUUGGAGCUGAUGCCUCUUACAUCAAACCCUUCACCACUUCAGUGAUUGUCCUGGGACCUGGCCAAACGACAGACGUUCUAAUCCAAGGCAAUCAGCCUCCAUCGCGAUACUAUAUGGCUGCACGCGCCUACGCCAGCGCCCAGAAUGCCCCAUUCGACAACACCACAACAACAGCUAUUCUUGAAUACAAAUCCGCCACUUGUCCCAAAAAGUGUCUCUCUGUCACACCAGUUAUGCCAACUUUACCAGCUUUUAAUGACACGAAUACUGUCACUGGAUUCACCACCAAGUUUAGAAGUCCCCAGAAAGUUGAAGUCCCAACUGAGAUUGAUGAAAGCCUCUUCUUCACAGUUGGUCUUGGACUCAACAAAUGUCCUCCAAAUUUCAAGUCCAAUCAAUGCCAAGGACCCAAUGGUACUCGUUUCACUGCCAGUAUGAACAAUGCAUCCUUUGUCCUACCAGCAAACUUCUCUCUCUUGCAAGCACAUCACCAGAGAAUUCCAGGGGUUUUCACCACCGAUUUUCCAGCAAACCCUCCGUUGAAAUUUGAUUUCACUGGAAACGUAAGCCGAUCAAUCUGGCAACCGGUUUCAGGGACUAAAGUGUACAAGUUGAAGUAUGGCUCAAGAGUGCAGAUUGUGCUACAAGGCACAAGAAUCUUCACAGCAGAAAACCACCCAAUUCACCUCCAUGGAUAUGAUUUCUACAUCAUCGCCGAGGGUUUUGGAAACUUCAAUCCCAGUACUGAUACUUCUAAAUUCAACCUAGUUGAUCCACCUCUCAGGAACACAGUUGGUUUGCCUGUGGGAGGAUGGGCAGUCAUCAGAUUUGUUGCAGACAAUCCAGGAGUGUGGCUAAUGCACUGUCACUUGGAUGUUCAUAUUACAUGGGGUCUGGCCGUGGCCUUGUUGGUAGAAAAUGGAGUAGGAGAACUGCAGGCACUGGAAGCACCACCUCCGGAUUUGCCUCCAUGUUAAAAAGACGAUCAGCAAGUCAAUUACUAUAAUUCAUAAUUAUAUUGAAAUUCAUAAGCCCAUUUACAAGAAGGGUAGUCUUAUUUUGUUUCAGUGUUGUUUUCUUUCCCUGCAUUUGGGGAAAUAGUUAUUGCUUUUGUAUUUUUUGCAUGUUCUUUUUGAUAGAUGAAGUGGGUCUAGAGAAGAUGCCGCCAUCGUUGCAACAGUGAGCACAUCAUUCAAUUCAGUUAAAUACCAGCCACGUUUCUUCGUUUUACAGAUGUAUGUUUUUCCUACAGUGAAAGAUAAAAUUUCAGUUUUUUGAA